AUGGCGUCUCUUGAAGAUCUAAAUCACUCGCCAGAUGUACAAGACCUGCCAAGACGCCCGCAUCUCGAGCUCUUCAACACGGAUCCGACGGCAUGCGGCGAUGCCUCUUUUCACCUCUUCUCUCAGCUUCCCACCGAGCUUCGACUGCUUAUAUGGCGACACGCUCUGCAGCGAAACCGCCUGCUGCACGUCACGGUUGAAGAGGUGGAAAGCAAAAGUGUCGAUGAGACUCCAAGAUACUCCCUCGUCAACUCCAUGGGCCGCCCUGUAACGGGAGACCACUACCGCGUCACAGUCCAAGCCCGCUGCCGUCUCCUCCCGGAACUCAUGUCUGUAUCCCGCGAAUCUCAAGAGGCCGCCAGAGCAUUCUACCCCGUCAGCCUCCCCUGCCACCUCAAAUCCGCUACCGGAACCCAAAAGACGGCCCUCCUCCUCAACCUCUCCUACGACUACCUCCAAAUAUCGUCCGGACCCUCCUGGAAAGCCACCAUCGACUUCCUCCACGACCUCCGCGCCCACGACCCCUCAGGCACCGGUCUCCAACACAUCGUCCUCGACGACGCCGACUCCGACCCCACCCCGCUCAAAUUAACCGACAUCGACACCACCGCCCUCGCCGCAUUCCGCGCCACCGUCAAAGGCCUCAAGAGCAUCUGGUUCCGAAACGUCACCCCGGCCGGCCGCGGCCUCGACGUGCUGACCUUCCGAACCGCCCACGUCUUCAACUACGGCUACCCCGUCGUUCCCGCCUUCACCUUCUUUGACACGCCCCGCCGGGACCCGCGCAACAUCUCGCGGGACCUGGAGAAGGUGUGGGCCGGGAUUCACGACCCGCGCGGGAAGCCGCUGGCCUGGCGCCGGCUCCUCCGCAGCCUCGGUGUCGAUCCCGAGCGUGAUCUCGACACGGCGGUCGACGUGCGCGUCAUGGUCGGCACGCACAAGGAGGACAAAGUGCGCAGCCGUGAGGAGGCAAGGCGGUGUCUUCAUGAGGAGGACUUUGAGUGGUUGAGGCUGCAGUGGUGGUUUCACGGGUGGGCGGACGGGCCGGACUGGGGUCGUGGGUGCCCUCCGGCGGGAUGCUUUGGCACGCCGUCAGGGCUCAACCCGUGCCUCCCUCGCUUCGACGGCCCGGAGGUGCUGGCUGCGGCGCCGAGGCCGGCGUUGGGGUUUUGGCUGUUUCCUGUGGAUGCGUUUGGAGAGUUGAGGGAGGACGAGGAUCCGGACGGGUGGCUGAAGAUUAAGGGGCUAUUUGACCUGAAGGGUUCCUGGCCUGAUCUUGCGCUGGCACACAUAUCAUGA